CGCGCCCCCCGCCGCGAAAGCGAGGCGCCCCCUCCGUCACCACCUACAAUAUCCACCAUCACCAUCAUCAACACCACCGCCGCCGCCGCCGCUGGUCUCUUCGCUCCCCCAUCGCUGGCUGCUACCCUCCCUCGCACGCGCGCCUCGCCCCCUCCAAACCGCCCACCAUGGUCAGCACGCGCUCCUCCUCCUCACGCGCCGACAGCGCCGGGCCCGACAGCGCCUCGCCCACCGCGUCGCCCACCAAGUCGACGACGCGCGCCGCCGCCAAACGCAGUACGCCCUCGUCGUCGACAUCGUCGUCCACCACCACCGCCGUCUCCCGCCGCAGCGGCAACACGUCCGCAAGGGCCGCCGCCGCCGGCCGCUGGGCGCACACGCCCACCGCCUUCACCCUCCUGUGGAUGACCGUGUCGCUGCCCCUCGUCGUCUGGGACACCAUAUACGUGCUCGGCCGCCCGCACACCAUGGAGGGCGGCUGGCUGCACUGGCCGCUCUGGGUUCCCUACAAGCUGUACGGCGAGGUCGACCACGUCUACGGCUGGAAGGCCGUUCACGCCGGCAGCGGCUUCACGGCCGCUCAGGGCUUCCUCAACGCCGUCGAGACCGCCAUGUACCUCGCCUACGUCGUCGCCUGGUGGGCCGCCCGCCGUCGCAACGCCGAGGGGCGUCUCGAAGGACGCGACGCCGCUGUCGCCGUCCUCGUCGGCUUCAGCGCCGCCGUCAUGACCCUGAGCAAGACGGUGCUCUACUGGAUGAACGAGUACUACAGUGGCUUCGAUAACAUCGGUCACAACUCGCUCGCUCGGCUCAUUCCCCUCUGGAUCAUCCCCAACGGCGCAUGGCUCGUCGGCUCAGCCUACAUGAUCUGGUCCCUGGGCGCAAACAUCAUCGAUGGCCUUGAGGCCGCCUCUGGCCAUGCCAAAUCUGACUAGUAGGCUAGCCGCUCAGCAGAGGCUGUCACUAACUGCUAGCACAAAUGAGGGCUGCGGUGUCAAUGGAGGGCCGAACUAGACUCCGGAUGAAAAGUGUCUAUGAAACCAGGAAUACAGGGCGGCGCGAAUGAUCAUGGAGCUGGUGGCCGUGGCGAUGCUUUGUAUGAUAUACCCCGGGUGCUUGCGAGUUU